AUGUGGCAUUGUCAUUUAAUACCUUAUUAUCUUACAUUCUGUUCUUUCUUUACAGGUGAAGGAAAUUUAAAAAUAAGUAUACCUAAGGAUUCUGGUAAUUGUUCGAUACCAAAGCCUAAUUACAAGUUCAAAGAAGGUCAAAAUUUGACUAUAGAGCUACCAACGGAUCCUUUCAUCAACUAUGGAUGGUGGCGUUUAAGGAACUCUAAUAAUGAAACGUUUACAAUCGACAGCUCCUUAAAAACCAACAUGACUAAACAACAUACAACUGUGGUGAACCGAUACAUGGACGGUACAUGGGAAUUUGAGUUUUAUGUGUAUAAAGGUAAUCCUCAAAUUCUACCCAACAUUGACAAAAAGACGAUGAAUCAUUUAGGACAACAAGAAUUAUAUACACCAAUCAUAUGCCGUACCAACGUUGCGAUCGAAUGGAACAAGGACACGAUAUUGGAUACGAAGUUCAUAAUCAUUUGUUCAGUGUUGGGAUCGUUGGCAUUACUCAUCAUUAUAGGACAAGCUGUUUACAUCUACUACUUAAAAUCCUUAGCUCGAAGGUUGAAUGCUCAUAACAACUUGUCGAAAAAAUCGGAUUCCGCUCAAAGUGACGGAGCUCGAUACUGUAGCUACCCUCGGCAGAAGAAGAUCGACGAAGUGGUUCCAGUCGAUAAGAGAUACAGCGACAUAUAUGAAGCACCAAAUAUUGAAAUAAACGAUAAUGGUCCAAAACAUUUUCUGCCUCCAAACCCGCCAGCUAUAUCAACGAUGCCUUGUACUCCAAAAAUGGAUCGCAAUAUGAGCAUGCAUCCGCAGAUGCAUGGAGCGACCCUAAACAGAAGCGCAAUGAUGGACCAUACACGUUCCUACCAAAGACAAACAGAACGUGAUAUGGCGAACAGACCUCCGCUGCCUUUACCACCAUCUCAAGAUGACUUCGAAGUUUAUGAACAAAUGACUGAUGAUAUGGACACAUACGAACCUCCGCCGGCGGUCAGUCAGGCAAUGCCACCCAGACUACCGAUGCCUCCAAAGAAGGUGCCUACAGCAAACCUAGUCAACGUGAAUCAGGACACACUGAAAACUAAAAGAAGUGCCAGACCUCCUGUCACUCCGAAACCACAAAUGUCACACGCUGCAGUAGCACCAGUCAAUGAAUUGCAGCAGGUCUUGAAGAGGAGACAGGCAGGAAUUGAAACUGCAACAAGAAGCAAUGAAUUGGAAGAAGCAUUGAGAAAACGAAAUAAUGUAAAACAAGUUCCUAUCGUCUCCAUACCUGAUCCAAAUGCAGCAAAGACCAGACCUGUUGUAAAAUCGAAACCGAAAAUACCACAACCACAGCCAGUACAGGAAGAAAUCUACUACAACGAAAACCAAGCGUCUUCGGACGAAGAAUGGACCUACGAGCCUUUAAAACCGCAUAAGAAUUAUGAUCCUAACAUUUAUAACAUAUAA